UUCCCGGGCGGGAACAGUAAAAUGGCGCUAGAACUGGUGGCGGGCUGAGGAAACCGCACUCCUCUGAAGCCGGCCCCGCGGCCCCCUGCCGUGCGGCCCCUCGCGGACAUGGAGGACGUGGAGGCGCGCUUCGCCCACCUCUUGCAGCCCAUCCGCGACCUCACCAAGAACUGGGAGGUGGACGUGGCGGCCCAGCUGGGCGAGUACCUGNUGCAGCUGGACCAGAUCUGCAUUUCUUUCGACGAAGGCAAAACCACAAUGAACUUCAUUGAGGCAGCGUUGUUGAUCCAGGGCUCGGCCUGCGUCUACAGUAAGAAGGUGGAAUACCUGUACUCGCUGGUGUACCAGGCUCUCGAUUUCAUCUCUGGCAAGAGGCGGGCCAAGCAGCUCUCUUCAGUGCAGGAAGACAGGGCCAACGGGAAUGCCAGCUCCAGGGCCCCCCAGGAGGCUGAAGAUGAGUUCCUGUCGCUGGAUGACUUCCCCGACUCCAGGGCUAACGUGAACCUGAAGAACGACCAGGCGCCCGGUGAGGUCCUCAUCCCUCCCCUGCCCAUGGCCCUGGUAGCCCCCGAUGAGGUAGACAAGAACAGCAAUCCCCUGUACAGCCGUCAGGGUGAGGUUCUGGCCAGCCGGAAGGAUUUCAGGAUGAACACGUGCACCCCCCACCCUAGAGGGGCCUUCAUGUUGGAGCCCACAGGCAUAUCCCCCAUGGAGCCAGCGGGCAUGUCCCCUGUGCCCAGGACUCAGAAGGAUGCUGGAAGGGCUGAGGAGCAGCCAAUGGAGGUCUCUGUGUGUUGGAGCCCCACUCCUGGGCUCAACUUCUGCCAGGAGCCAGGCCCCUCCCCAGAAGGCCCAAUUGGCGGAGCUGAGGACGAGGACGCAGAUGAGGCAGUAGAGCGCCUGGAAGCCACGGCCCCCAAGGCCCCUCUGGAACCCGAGCAGCCCCAGAGCCUGCAGCAGUAUGCCGCCUUGCCCAGAAGGUACACACUGCGGGAGCGAGGGGGUGCCCCGGAGUCUGCGUCCCACCUAAAGGAAACCCCAGACCCCUGGCAGAGCUUGGACCCCUUCGGCUCCCUGGAUUCUAAGCCUUUCAAGAAAGGUCGGCCGUACUCCAUGCCCCCCUGUGUGGAGGAGGCUCCAGGGCAGAAGCGCAAGAGAAAGGGUGCCACCAAGUUGCAGGACUUCCACCAGUGGUACCUAGCUGCCUAUGCCGACCAUGCUGACAGCAGGAGGUCCCGGCGGAAGGGCCCGUCCUUUGCAGACAUGGAAGUCCUGUACUGGACACAUGUGAAGGAGCAGCUGGAAACCCUCCGGAAGAUGCAGAGGAGAGAGAUGGCUAAGCGGUGGCUGCCGAAGUCUGAGGAGGGACUGUGGCCUACAGAAGAGGACCGCCUGGAUGAUCCCCUGGAGGACCUGGGGGCAGCUGCAGAUGACUUUUUAGAGCCCGAGGAGUACAUGGAGCCUGAGGGGGCAAACUCCAGGGAAGCUGCUGACCUGGAGGCCAUGCCAGUGUCCCUGAGCUAUGAGGAGCUGGUUCGAAGGAACGUGGAGCUCUUCAUCGCCAACUCCCAGAAGUUUGUCCAGGAGACAGAGCUGAGCCAGCGCAUCAGGGACUGGGAGGAUACCAUCCAGCCCCUGAUCCAGGAGCAGGAGCAGCACGUAUCCUUUGACAUCCACACCUAUGGGGACCAGCUGGUUUCACAGUUCCCCCAGCUCAACCAGUGGUGUCCCUUUGCGGAGCUGGUGGCUGGCCAGCCUGCUUUCGAGGUGUGCCGUUCCAUGCUGGCCUCCCUGCAGCUGGCCAAUGAUUACACAGUGGAGAUUGCCCAGCAGCCGGGGCUGGAGACAGCUGUGGACACCAUGUCCCUGAGACUGCUGACACACCAGCGAGCCCACAAGCGCUUCCAGACCUAUGCUUCCCCAUCCACGGCCCAGCCCUGAGUGGGGAGUGCUGAGACAAGCACGAGGCGUCGUGGGCCCGCAGCCCUGUCCUGCAUGUGUGCUUGGGCACCAAGUACUGCUCAUCCCAGUGUUGCUUCCUGCUGGCCCAUCCUAAUAAAGUGGUAUUGCCAUCCAUUCUACCCGCAAA